GUGUAAAACCAGAUACUCAAUCUUGUGGGCCUGGUGAAUUAUGUCAAUUAACGCCUGGUUCUGAUGAUUGUAAACCAGGUGUUAUUUGUGUAAAUGGUGUUUGCCAACAAACACUAGAUAGUGGUUGCGUUGUGGGAGGAAGUAAACACAAUUGUGGUAUAGGUGAACU